AGAGGCACCGGGGGCAGGAAACAGGAAAUGUAAAUGCUCUGCCGAAGCCUGCAGAGAGCCGCGCAGGCCGAGGCAGCAUGCGGGUGCCCGGCUGGGUGCCUCUGCUCAGCACCUUGCUCCUGGUCCGGCAGGGCUCAGCCCAAGACGGCUCUGAAAACAACGAGGAUGGCUCAGGAUACAGAACAGCAGCAUUCCCCCCUGCUACAGUGCCACCUCCUUCCUCUGUACCUCCCCUGUCCCCUACCCCUAUGAGCAGCCCCCAGCCAGCACUGGUUUCUGCAGGGCCCACCGAAGGCAGCCUGGAAAUAGAAAGUACACCCAGCCCUGAACUGAGCGACACAAGCAGUAACGGGAGUCUAGAGACGGAAGAGCCAUCUGUCCUAGUGUACGCUGUGCCCGCAGCGGUGCUGGCCCUGCUGGUCUUACUGGUCAUCAUUUUUAUAAUAGUCCAUAACCGGAAAAAGUCUAAGCAAGAUGAGCUGGGGAGUGAAAACGUGAAAAGCCCUAUUUUCGAAGAGGACACACCCUCUGUUAUGGAGAUAGAAAUGGAAGAGCUCGAUAAGUGGAUGAAUAGCAUGAACAAAAAUGCUGAUUGUGAAUGUCUGCCUACUGUAAGAGAAGAAGAAAAAGAAUCAGUGGCCAAUCCAAGUGAUGGUGAAUCAUGAAGCUGCACCAGCAGAGAUCUCCUCAAAGGGAGCAGCACACAAGCUAACAGAGCCCAGAUUGUGGACAAACUGGAUUUAAACAACUCACCACAAAAGACUGGAGAAGCAAAUGCUUCUGUUGCAUACUUCUACUUACGAUCUUCAGAAGAGAAAUAUAAUCAAUUGGAAAAAUAAAGGAACAGUGCGGCAGUAAGACUAAGAAGCUCACUUAAUGCCCAAAGCAGCAAGAUUCAGCACUGGUCAUGAAAAGCUUCCUUUCCCUGCUGAAGUUUUGUAGAAGCUGUCCUUGCUUCCAUGCAGCUCUCCAGUUCUGCAUAGUGCAGCCAGUAAAAACCACAUACACUCCAAGUUGAGCAGGCUGUUUUAUCUCUGGUUUGUUUUUAUAUACGUACAUGAACAAUACCCACAAUUCUGGAUUGCACUGGUGGAAGUGGGUUUGAUUCAGGCUGCUGAUGCUACAUCCAAGCUACAUUCGUCUCCCAAUUUGCUUUUUGGUAAUGGUGCAUGGAUUUGCACAGGAAUUCUGCUAGUGCAGAACAAGAGCAGGACUGACAAACAGCAGCCAAAGGAUCCACCAGAAAGCAGCUUGAAGCCCAGCAAGUUUUGGUCUUCAAAUUAAGGACACUGUACACGUGAAAAAAAUUGAGGUUGCCUGACAGUUAACUGCAGGUGAGCACCUUGCUAAGUCUCACCACCCAGCCCUCCACCCCACGCUGUGCAGCUCAUCAGAUCAGCCUGCUAUAGACACACUCAGCUUGGAAACACUUCUUUUCAUCAAAGUAGACCGGAAAACUGAAAAAUUCAUUACUAAACCAAACAUUCGGUAGAUUGUUCCUAACAAAGGUCCAAGGUUUUCAGGUGCAAUAAGAUUUCAGCUUUGUAUUUUUGAAUAUUGAACUUGGAACACCUGAAAGACAUUGGCUUCUUAACAUACCUGCUCUCCUUCCUUCAGUGACAUUGGAAAGUCAGACUGCUGAGACACCUUGGGUUUGGAAGAUAAAUAUGGUAUCACACCCAUCGAUUUUAGACAGCACGUCUUCCACAGAUGUGAUUUAAAUACACAACACAUCUGACUGGAUGCUUGUUUAUGCAAAGCUUCCCCCCCACCGUAUUUAAAGCUUUCAUCUCACCAUGCUUUAGAUCCUGCCCUAUCACAUUCUACUUACAUUGUAUUUGAAUGUUCUUCUCACUCAAUAGAUGUUUUAUAUCAUCAGUUUCAAUUUGCCUGCACAUAUUUCAGUAACAUGUUUUCAUACUACCUUGGUUUAAGGGACCAAGUCAGGAAAACCACCAGGCACCUGGGAGGAGAGUUAAUGCUCACUAACAGCUCACAGAGGAGGGCUCAACUUCGUGAAUAAGAAAGUGUCAACGCAUUUAAAGCUAACAAUUACCCUGGUUUUAUUCGCUACUGAAUACCAGUUAACUAGUGAUUUCCUCAAAGAGGAAAUAUUUCUUCACUGUGCCAAAAUAAUUUAUUGCAAAUACUGAAUUUCAUGAGUUAUACUAAAUUACUAUUCCCUAUUUGGAUGAUUUGUAAUUUAAAACAACAAGAAAAAAACAAACGUUGUGAAAGAGUGUGAAACAUUUUCUCAAAUAUUUCCACAAGUUCCUGACAGUGAAAAAUCACUCCCUAGAUAUACCUAAUUAAAAUAAUAUAAUCACAGGGGAAAGUGGAAGAUUGAGAUAAUGGCAAUCGAAAAGUGGAAGGGGAUGUUUUCCAGAAGCAGCUUUGCUAGCAACUUCUUUUCCAGUAGGACAAAGAUGCUAUGCUAAGGCUUUCUGCUGUUUGUAAAGCAGUAACCAGAAGAUGUCCAAAAGUGAGAAUGUUCCCUUUCAGGGCUUAGGGGGAAAAAAAAAACAACGAAAAAAACCCCAAGAAAUAAAUGACUAAUGUUUCUUUGA